AUGGUUCUCUCGGGUACACCGCCUCUGGAAUAUACGGCUGAUAGUUGGAGACAGGAUUUGUUGGAAAUGCGCGAUGACCAACCGGACUUACGUGUGCGCAAUGCGAUCGGACCGGUCCUCAUGGAUUGGACAAGUAGAAACCACGGUUGGGUCAACUUUCAUAUGGCCCAAAUCUUUACAGAUCACGGUUGUCUGAAUGAAUUUUUGUGUAAAAUAAAUAAGAUUGAAACGCCGUUAUGUCUGCAAUGCUUCUCAUCUAAUGACAACGCGCAACAUACGCUAGAAUUUUGCGAAGCCUGGAACGAGGAGCGGAAUAUUUUAAAGAAUGUCAUAGGCGACAGGCUAGAUCUGCCCUCUGUUGUAGUGGCUAUCUUAGAAGAUGUAGAGAAAUGGAAAGCUUUUUCCAGAUUUUGUAGUGUAGUCAUGUCUAGAAAAGAAGCGGACGAACGCGAACUUCAGGCUCUAGACAGGAAAAGAGCAAUAGACAAUUUGAUCUCUGACUCGGAUUGA